CAAUCUUCCUAGUCAUGUUCUUUAAACUCGCAUUGGUCAGCUGCUUUGCGGUCGCCUUUGGUCAGCAUCAUGCAGGGCACGCUUCGUCUUACUUGGGUAACCAUGGUCACGUAGGGCAUCCGACCGACUAUUACGCACAUCCCAGGUACGAGUUCAACUACAACGUGGCCGAUGGACGCACCGGAGAUCGCAAAAGUCAACACGAGAUACGUGAUGGGGACUCCGUGCGUGGACAGUACUCGUUGCACGAAGCCGACGGUUCCAUUCGGACAGUGCAGUACACAGCAGACGGUCACAAUGGAUUCAACGCCCAUGUUACCCGAGCGGGCCAUGGCUCGCACUCGGAUCUGCAAGGUCGCCUUGCGUUUACCCCGUUUGGCCACCACAACGGCCAUCGCCAUUAUUAA